AUGGGCGAGCUGGGCCGGCAGUCGGCGGCCGGCAGCCCGCAGCACGCGAUACCGCCCGCCCCCGCCCCCGCGUCCGCCCCCGCCCCCGCCCCCGCGCCCGACGCGCACAUGGACUCCUACCACCACCAGCCGAUGGGCAUGUCGGGCGUACUGUCGGCCGCGCAGUCGCAGUACCUGUCGCAGCUCACGCAGCAGUCGCAGCGGCACGACAACAGCGUGUACACGACGAACUACGGCGUGUACGCAUCAUCGGACGUGAGCGGUCAACGUAAACCUCAACGGGCGAGAGUGCCGCCUCCAUCCAAGAUCCCGUCGUCAGCGGUGGAGAUGCCGGGCGGGGGCGAGGUGUUCCUGGACGUGCAGUUCGGCGCGUUGGAGCCCGACGCGUUACAGGACGCGCAGAGUCCCGCAGCCAGUACCGAGCAGACGUCUUCUCCCCCACCUUGUAUACAGUCCGCUGAUAACAUGUUGAGCGAGAGCGCGCCCGGCUGCGAGGCGGCCGAGCCCGCCCCCGCCUCCGCCCCCGCCCCCGCCCCCGCCCCCGCCUCCGCGCCCACGGCUUUAGAAAAACAAUUGACAGCAUCGAUGAAACAACUGACAGUUAGUGAACCCACGCCCACAGCGCCUACGCAUCAUUACCAUCAAAGGCCAAAGAGCGUGACGGCGACGGUGGCGGCGACCGCGGCGGCCGGCAGCACCACGCAGGCGUGCGUGUACCACGCGGUCUCGCACCACCCCGCCGUGUACCCCGCCACGGUGUACCCCCCGCAGGUGAACUCGAGCAACGCGUCGCUGACGGGCGCGUCGGCCAUCUCGGGCUCGCAGUACCCCUCCAGCGUCACGCUCACGCAGUACCAGCCCAUGAUCAACUCCUACCAGCAGACGUCGUCGUCGGGCGGCGCGUACUCGGGCAGCGCGCUGUACACGGCCGCGCCCUACUACCACCAGCCGCCCCACCACACGCCCCACACGCCCCACACGCCGCACACUCCCCACACGCCGCCCAAGCACAAGGAGCCGCAGCAAUACGACAGUUCUGUAGCGUCGAGUAACAGUUUAACGAACACAUCGACCACGCAGACGUCCACGGCCAAAGUCACAGCGACCACAAAUGCGCACGCGAGUAGUGGCAGCGGCAGCGGGAGCGGCGGCGGCGGCAACCCCGGCACCACCGCGCCCCCCUCCACGCCCUACGCGCCCGCCGCGCUCUACACUGCAGGAGUCGGAGGAGUAGGAGGUGGAUAUGCAUACGAGGAGGCACAGUUGAUGCGAGGAGGGACCACGUUACCACAUCAUAUGGGCGGCUACUACGAGGUGGGGUACGGCGGCAGCGUGCGCGAGGGCGGCUUCGGCCUGGGCGCGGCCGACAGGUUCUCGCGCACCGACGCCGCCUCGCCGCAGCAGGUCCCGGCAGCGUUACCGCCGGGCUACGCGUAUUUCUACCAACCACCACCCACCACAUACCAAUACGGAGUAUAUCCCACGUACGGCGGGGGAUCGAGCGUGGGCGGCGUGGGCGGGGUGGGCGGCGUGACGGGCGUGGGCGGAGUGGGCGGCGUGGGCGGAGUGUCGGGCGUGGGCGGCGUGGGCUCGGCCGCGGCCGGCAAAGUCAGUACCUACACGCCGCAGCAGCCGCCCUACGACGCGCAGGACUCCUACAAACCCGCGGGCGGGUACUCGGCGGGCGCGGGCAAGGCGCAGGGGCAGGAGCUGGCCGCCAACAUGUACAAGGGGCACGUGGCACUCAACAAGGUCAAUAGCUACGAGAAGGCGGGCUUCCACAGCGGCACGCCGCCGCCCUUCGGCGCCUCGCACCUGUACAUCCCCGCGCCGCACCACCACCACCACCUCCACUCGCAGCACCAGAUGGAUGUGCGGGUGAACAAUAGUCAUAGUAGGCGGGAGAGCGGCGCGGGCGCGGGGGGCGGGGGCGGGCGCAGCAGCGCGGCCAAGCCGCCACCCACCAAGCCCUCCUACUCACAGUCUUACUGGACGCCCAACUAGCAGGACGUGCCGAUGUACAUAGAGGCAGUAGUGAUGAGCGGCGAGGACCGCCGUGCUGUAACAUAACCGCGACCGAACGAAACUAUGUUUAAAUAAAUACCAUUAAUUGUUUUUUAAAUUUAUAGUGUAAUGCGCCCCGGCGCCGUCUCAUUUAAGUCCACUCCUUGUAGGUUAUUGUUUAAAAAGAAAUUAAUUGUAGUGCUAUGUAUAUCUUAUAUUUAUAUAUAAAAACUUAUGUAUAUGUAUGUAAGCGUUCGGUACGCUAUGCGCGCCGAAUUUUUUGUAUUUAGUUGACAGACUUUUGUAAUUACAUAAUUAUUAUAAUGAUAAAAGAAAUGUCAUAGGGUCGAUAAUCGUGUUGUAAUAGUACCGUAUAUUGAUAGUCGAGGUCUUUUUUUAUGUGAAAGAAUGCAGUUGAUCUCGCGGGCAUUUGAAAGUAUGAGGGAAUUACACAUAUUGGAACU